AUGGAUCUGGACUCGUUCUUCAGUUCAGUCAACGUCGCCGCCGUCUUCCUAAUUACGGCAAUAUCACUGCUUUUUCUCAAGAUAGUACUGAAAGCCACCUGGAGAUCAUGUUCGCAGAAGCUUCCGCCUGGGCCAUGGAGGCUUCCUGUGAUUGGGAGUGUCCACCAUCUGGCCGGCGCUCUGCCGCACCAUGGGUUCAGAGAGCUGUCGACGAAAUACGGGGCGGUGAUGUGGCUUCAGCUGGGGGAAACGCCGACGGUUGUGGUGUCGUCGGCGGAAGCGGCGAAAGAGGUACUGAGAACUCAUGAUGUGAUAUUUGCUCAGAGGCCUCAUCUUCCCGCCGCCGAUGUUGUGCUCUAUGGCUCCACCAACAUCACUUUCUCUCCUGUCGGAGACCACUGGAAGCUUCUCAGAAAAAUUUGCUCUCUAGAGAUGGUAAAUGCCAAGCGAGUAAGAUCAUUCCAACCACUAAGAGAGAAAGUAGUGUCAAGUCUGAUGACACAAUUAUCAGAACAAGCAAGAUCUUCAUCACUGGUGAAUCUGAGUGAGAAAAUCUACACCACCAUCUUUGAUAUCACUUCAAAGGCAGCUUUUGGGGAGAACUACAAAUCACGAGACGAGCUUUUCUUCAUCUCUGAGAUAAUGUUGAAGUCAUCAGAAAGCAGAAGCAUUUGCGACAUAUUCCCUUCGCAGAAUUGGCUCGCUGUGAUCUCAGGAAUGAAGGGCAAGUGGGAGACGAUGCAUCGCAUGGCUGAUACAGUUCUUGAGAAGAUAACAAGUGGAGUUGGAGCAACAUCAUCUAAGGUUGUCGGAGGUGAAGCAGAUUGUCUUCUUUCUGCUCUGUUGAAUGCUAAGGAAGAUGGUAGUCUUACAUCAGACAACGUCAAAGCCGUCAUGUUGGACAUGAUUCUGGGAGGGACUGAGACCUCAUCCACGAUAAUAGAAUGGGCAAUGGCUGAACUACUGAGAAACCCUAGAUUGAUGAAGAAGACACAAGCAGAAAUCAGACAAGUAGUUUCCGACAACAAAGGAUGUAUCGACGAGACAACUCUUGAGAAUCUAAGGUAUCUUAAAGCAGUGAUCAAGGAAACUCUGAGACUGCAUCCUCCAGCUCCAUUUCUGAUCCCAAGAGAGUGCACACAGACUUGUGAGAUCAAUGGGUACACAAUACCAGUUGGAACACAAGUUCUUGUGAACGUUUGGGCCAUUGGGAGAGACCCUGAUUAUUGGAGCUUAGCAGAAGAGUUUUUGCCAGACAGAUUCUUGAACCUUGCUAUAGAUUACAAAGGUUUCAACUUUGAGUACUUACCAUUUGGUUCUGGGAAGAGGAUAUGUCCUGGGAUGUUAUUUGGUGUGGCCAGUGUGGAGAUAGUUCUUGCUCACUUGCUUUGUCGUUUUGACUGGGAGCUUCCUUCUGGGACUCUUCCAGAAACCCUAGAUAUGACUGAAACUUUAGGCACCACCAUGAGAAGGAAAAACCACCUGAUUUUAAUCCCCAGACGUUAUUAUAGUUAG